AUGAGCUUUAAUCAGGAUAUAAACUUUCACCGUGCUGCAAAGCACCUUCGCUCUUCUACGCACUCAUCGCCUCAACGAAUGCUCUCCUGCCCCAACCCUGGCGGAACGAUGCAUCGGUUCAAGCCUGCUCAAACAGGUUCAAAUGUGUCGCUAAACUCUGCCUGCUCUUCCAAAGAUGAGGGCUCUUCUGGGGAGUGUUCAGAUCAUAAUCACAGUCAUCAUCAUCAUCACGAUCACCAUCGCGAAGAGGCACCUGACCAUAGCGGUGCUUUCGAUCGUAACCAAAGUCUACAGUCGUCCUUCAACUCUGACCACUCUUCGUCGAGAGAGUCUGACGUUGGCUUUCUAGGAGGCGAUGACUCGCCGACCAUUUCAGAUGUGCAGCCAUUUACCAAAUUAGCGUCCACCAACUUUGAAACGUCUUUUCCUACUGAAUCACAUAACAACAAUCUAAUUGAGAUGACUGAGCUUAAAAAAUGCCAAUAUACAGGCAAGAAGAAAAAGAAAACUAAAAAAUCUUCAAAAUCUUCAAAUUCAUCCGCCUCUUCAGUCGUUUCGGAUGGCAGCAACGGCAGCGGUGACAUCCAUGCGACUAUUGUACCCAGUGGGGGCGCACUUGACGUUGCCAAAGACUCUUCCAGCUCCUGGUACCAGUUUAUGAUGCCCUCCUACAAGUCGCGCCUUUCCACUUUCCACUCGACCUUCCUCAACAUUCCCACCACAGAGGCGGUGGUCGACGACUUUCUCUGCGCCCUCCAUCGAGACAUUCUCCUGCAGGGACGACUGUACGUCUCCGUGAACUACAUUGCUUUCUACUCGAACAUUCUCGGCUACGAGACAAAAGUGGUCAUUAACUUCAAAGACGUGAAGCACAUCAGCAAGGCAACCACCAUUAAGCUCUUCCACAAUGCCAUUGAGGUGUACACUUUUGACGGCACCAAGUACUUUUUCACCUCCUUUGUCAGCAGAGAAAAGUGCUUUAAGGUGCUGAAGCUGCUCUGGGAGAGUGCUUCUGGUCUGGGUGAAAGUCAGAAGAUAGACUGGAACGAAAUCUGUCGCAUCAUUAGACAGAACUACUCUACACAAACGCUGGGCGCCAAUCUAACUGAUCUCGAAGAUGCUGAUUUAGAGAAGCACCUUUCAAAGGGUAAAUCAGUACGGAAAAGGCUUCAGAAAAAGAAGGAUAGGCUAAAGUCAAUGAACAACUCGAGCAGUGACAGUGCAUUGUCGAUAAAAUCUCAAGCUGAUCUUCCAGACGGUGAUGAGGACGAGGACGAGUUUGAAGACACCCUUGAGGAGGAAGCUUCAGCCAGCGAAGAUGUAGCUGACGGUGGCAGCAAUUGUCGACCAGUCAAUCACCAUGAAAUCCUGCAAUUUCCCUUUUUUCAAUCAAAACCACUACAACAGCGAAAACUAAUCGAUCUCUAUCUGUGA